UCAUGUCCAGCUCGUCCUCCCUGCGUAAUGUCUUCGCAGAUGCUCCCAGGCUCGGGAACGUCUCUGUUUAAAACCAUUAUCUGACUGGAGCUCGUCCAUCUCUACCAGCUCCAGGUCUGCUCCAGACUAUCAGUGAAGGAGUCUUCCGUGUUUGGCCAACAAAAACAGGUCACCGCCGCCCUCCAUCCACCGCUGUGUUUACACAUGAGACGGGGCCAUCACGGAGGGGGUGAAACCAAACCACAUGCCAGACAAGCUGAUGUUACCCAGGAAUGUUCUUAUCAUCUCCAGGCUGCCGUGAUAACAGCUCUCCAUCCUGCUUCCAGUCAUGGACGUGCAAUGCAUUUGUGGUGGAGGAAAGUGAGUGCAAUGAUGAAGAGCAACAAAAACCAGUUGGUAGGUAAAAGUUAGUGGACACUGAUUACCUCAUACUCAGUGAGUCCGGCAACCCCCCUCAGGAAAAGGCAGAUAACCGCUCCCUCCUCCUCCUUCAGUGUGCACUUCCCCUUCAGAGGAAGAGCCUUACACUUGCUCGCGCUGUCUCUUGUAGUUUUGCGGUGAGGCUGCUGCUGACCUGACUGAGAGGAUCUUAAAGGAUAAAAACAGGCUCCUGUGGUUUGGGGGCUUCUGCUCAUGGAUGUGACAUGCAGGGGAACAGCCUGGAAGUUAUCAGAAGAGUAAAAAGAAGCUGUGUUUUAUUUGUGUUUCCUUCAUCAAAGGAUACAUGACUGGACUGCUCAUCCCAUAAAGGCUGCAAAGGGGAGGAAGCCUGCAGAUUUCACCCAUGAUGGACUGCAACGACUCCCACGCUCUGCUCUCUGGGGAGCACCUCAUUUAUGCCAUCACCAUCCCACUGUCGACCUCCAUCAUCCUGGCCAACCUUGUCAUCAUCUUGGGCAUCGCCUGGAACCGCCAGCUCCACAACACGACCAACUACUUCUUCCUCAGCCUGCUGGUGGCAGAUCUGUGCACAGGCGUGGCGUUGCCUUUUAUUCCCUUAAUGGGUCUGAAUCGGGAGUUGAGUUUUAGCUCCUGCUUGGUGGCUCACGUUUUCCCAAAUUUCCUCUUCUUGGCGUUCCUCUUCAACCUGGUUAUGGUCCACUAUGAACGCUAUGUUUGCAUUGUCGACCCUUUGCAUUACAAUAACUUGUGGAUGCAUCGGAGCUUUCCUUUGGCACUGCUUGUGGUUUGGGCGCCACCACUUCUUUACGCUUCCUUACCUGCUUUCGGGUGGAAUAACUGGACGGGGGCAGAUUGGAGCGGCUGUUGUGCAAGUAGCCAAAAUUUAACGUCACUUUCAAACUGCUCAGCAACCAAAACCACGUGCUGCUCAUACAGGCGAGUGUUCCACAAUGCUUUCAUCUACCUAGAGGUGUACGGACUCGUCUUACCGGCUAUUCUGACCAUCGCUGGCAUGACUGGCCACGUUUUAUGGAUCACCAGAGGCCAGCUGAAGGACAUCUGUCGCCUGCAUCGCUCAGUGGAGCGGGGAAGCCAGGCCUCAGACCGAGAGCAGAGGCUGAACCUGCGUUACACACGCUGCUUGGUGGCGGUGUCACUGACUUUUCUCGCAUGCUGGGUCCCCUACCUCAUUUACAUGCACGUCUGCAUCGCGUUCUUGAUCAGCGACACCAAGUGGAGCUCCACCACUCACAUUGUGCUGUCGUGCACUGGGAUUGGAAGCAUGGCGGUGGUGCCGCUGGUGCUCGGACUCGCUAACAGGCAGUAUACAGAGCCUGCAUGCAAACUUCUGCAGAAGCUCAGAGACAGAUGGGGGCGGAGGAUGCAGGGAUCAGAGGAGGUGGCAGUCUGAGAAAAUACUGACAAAUAGGAAUAUUUAUGAAGAUGAAUCUGUAAGAAAUGAUGUUGGUUGAUGCACAUAGUAGUUCAUACUACAGAAGAUUAUUAGGGUCAGGCAUAAGGGGAAAAAUGGGAGGAGGAAGACUAUUUAUUUUGCAUUAUGACAGUGAAGUUGAAAUGCUCAGAGUAACGUCAAACUGUCAGUCGUAGUACCAGGGAAAAAAUAAAUCAGUGAAAAAUUUCUUUUGUAUUUUGCAAUUGGAAAAAUUGUGAAAAUGUUGAGAAUAAGGCUGAAAUGUUGAGAAUUAAGUCAAACUUUCAGUAUUAGGGCCAGGUAUAACAAAUAUAGAGCAGAGGAGGAAGAAUUCCUUUUUUGUGUCAACUGUGUCAAUUUGUUUUUAAUAUUAUUCUUAACAUUUCAACUUUUAUCUUGUAACCCAGAACAAAAACUAAAAAUAUUUCUCCUCUCAUUUUUUCCUCUUAUUCUUGGCUUAUGUUGUUCAGUGCCAGUAGAAGGAAAUUAUUUAUCAAUGCCCCGUACAAAAGUAGGCCACCUAUUCGAGUCUCUGAGGGUCCCCA